AUGGAUAUCGAACAGAAAGCAGGCUAUCAAGCCAUUGAUCGCAUAUGCGAUUACUACUAUUCUUUGCAAAAUUCAACUGUUAUGUCUAAGGUUGAGCCUGGAUAUUUAAGGCAGCACAUUCCUUUGGAAGCGCCCGAAGAGGGUGAAGACUUUCAAAUCAUUGCAGACGAUUACCAGAAAUUUAUCGUACCAGGUUUAACGCAUUGGCAGCAUCCUUCUUUCUUUGCCUACUUCCCUACGGCAUGCACAUUCGAGGGGAUUUUGGGAGAUUUGUAUGCAUCAAGCACUUGCAACCCUGGUUUCAAUUGGUUGGCGAGUCCUGCUUGCACAGAGUUAGAGGCAAUUGUUAUGGAUUGGGCCGCCAAUCUCCUUGGGUUAUCAUCAGCCUUCAAGAAUUCCUCAGGAAUUGGCGGUGGGGCAAUUCAAACAACAGCGUCAGACUCAGUCCUCAUUACGGUUGUCGCCGCUCGAUCCAUGUACCAACGUAACCAUCCAGAUGUAAAAAUGGAGGAUCUCGUUAUAUACACAACUACACAAACACAUUCUCUGGGCGCCAAAGCCGGUAUCGUUCUUGGACUACAAGUUCGCUCGAUCGAGGUCCUCGCAGAAGAAAAAUACGCUUUGAGAGGUCAAGCCCUUCGUGACGCGUUAGAAGAAGACCGAAAACUAGGACGCAAGCCUUUCAUAUUGAUUGCCACCGUCGGAUCGACUUCUUCAGGAGCUGUGGACAACUUAAUGGAAAUCCAUCAAAUAUCAAAGGAACAACCUGACCUAUGGGUUCAUGUUGACGCUGCUUGGGCUGGCGUUGCCCUGUCCUGCCCGGAAACUCGCAAAAAUUUAUAUCUAGAGGAUAUAAAUGCCUUUGUUCAUUCGUUCUGUACCAACUUCCACAAGUGGGGACUUGUUAAUUUUGACUGCUCUGCCCUUUGGGUCCGAGACCGCAAAUAUCUUACUGAUGCUUUGGACAUCACUCCUGCCUUCUUACGGACAAAACAAGGAGAUGCUGGCACAGUUAUUGACUACCGAAACUGGCAUUUGGGGUUGGGUCGACGAUUCCGUUCCUUAAAAAUGUGGUUUGUUUUGAGAGGAUUUGGCGCAGAGGGUUUCCGCAUGUACAUCCGACGAUGCAUAGAUCUGAACCAGAAAUUCGCACAACUCGUUCGCGAUUCUGAGGAGUUGUCUUUGGUUACCGACCCCUCUCUGGCCCUGACAGUAUUUCGAGUUGUGCCCAAGUUGCAAUCUGAAGAUCAACCACCGCUUUCUACAGAAACCCUGAAUGAAAUCAACAGCAUCUUCUACGGCCGCGUCUCCUCGCGAAGCGACAUCAUGCUCACUCAAACCAACUUGAACGGCAUAUUCUGCAUCCGGCUUGCAGUCGGGGCAGCCAGAACAACAGAACAGCAUAUCCAGGAUGCAUUUACCAUUAUCGAGAAAGAGGCGAAGGCUGCUAUUGAAGCUUGGAAAACUAUCAACGGAACUAUCACUGAAUAG